AGCUCUGUCUCGCGACUCAACUCCCGUCCAUUUCUUUCCCUCCACCAGCUGGCCUCAUCGCCAACCACGCACCCGUUCCCACCCCACGGACUCGCAACCCACCGCCGUCGCUGUCGGCUGAUUCCUCCCGCCGCUCCACGGAAGAGGCAGCCCCGCCGCCCGCUCUGCGCCUCCGCACUUAAAGAAUGCCAUCGCCGGGUCGUCCACUUUAGCUCGUUGGUUGGUGGCGGCAGAGGAACGGACCUCUCCUCCCUUCCCUCUCUGGUUUGGUCGUGCUCCUUCCUCUUCCUUUGGUCUCCCAAGACUACCUUGAAGAAACCGGCGAAGAAGGGGCCGAGCAGAUCUACAUCUCGAGUUCUUCUCCUUUCUGCAUUGUGCACUGUGAUAUUAGAAGAAAUUGAAAUUUGAAGGUUCUGUCUCCCUUAACAUGAGAAAGGGAAAUCAUGAACUUACAAAAUCUUGUUGACAGUUAAUCGCGAAAAGCACUGUUGUGCUGUACCAAGAAACAAGUUGUACUUAAAGCAAUGAAGCUGAUAGAAUUUCUGAAAGAAAACUAGCCAAACAUGCCUUCUGAAACACCAGCAGCUCAAGCAAAGGAUGAUAGAAUGAUAGAAAUGCUGUUCAGUCAACAUGAAAAAAGGUGCUCACUGCAAAAUAACUCCUCAAGAUUGUCCAAUGAGAGAUUUUUAUUCCCAAGCGGAAUCAAGAAUGUCGACCUCUUAGAGAAGGUUGGGGCCCUUAAAACUGAAAAGCUUCCUAGACAAACAGCCAAAGAUCGGCAGGGGGUGAAGAAAAACUCAGUUUCAUCAUCUUUGGGAAAUUCUCAAAAGCCAUGGCCCAGUAGGAAGGGACCAGGGUUUGACGAACCAGUUAUGAACAUGUCAAAUGUACCCUUUUAUCUUCAGCGGCUGGAGGAAGGAGAUAAUAUUCAUGGAAAGGCGCUGAAUUUUGGAGUUCUGGACUGGGGGCGUCUCGAGAGAUGGACGAACCACCAGAAAUGUGUCACAGAUGUGGGAGGCGGACACUCUGCAUGUGAUAGUACUCAGUCAUCGGCACAUGCUACAUUUGGUUCCUUUAACCAAUCUAGAAAGACCAUAUCUAGUCCUCUUUCUCGAGGGAAGAAAUCUCCUGUUUUUCCUCAUAAGAGAAGCCCUGUUACAGGCAGCCGAUCAGAGAUGCAUGAAGGAGAAGAUUCUGAACAUUUACAAGGCGUCCGUAGUUCAAGUAUCUCUUCUACGAAGUUUCCUACACAGAAUGAUAAUGGAGAUUUUGUUCCAAGUGCUAAACUGUUAGGGAAUAAACAUGAUAAAGGUAACAGUAAAGAUUCAGAUUUGAAAGCCAUAUCAGGCGAAGUAUGCCUACCUCGACAUUCUGCAGCUUCACGUUCAAGAUAUAAGAUUGACACUGCUACUGCUACUGCCACUUCAACUGGAGUGGCUGAAGACCAAAAUGGAAGCUCGAUGAAAGCAGAAAAACGCAUAGACAAUGGCCAUUGUCAAUCCUUGGACACCAAUUUUCCACAAAUUUCCCAGGAUUGCAAAGGAAUAUCGGAUUAUCUUCAAGAGAACGUGGACAGUGGAUGCCUUACUUCUGAUACCCCAUUAACUGCUGACGACUGGCUCGCUGAGGGAAAUAGCUACAACCAUUCAGGUAAUUUAGCUGAAGAUGUCGAGAUCAUCCAUCAGUAUCUUCAUGUUCCUCACGCAUGUCCUCUCCCUUGUACCAUUCAAAAUGAUGAACCUGAUAUAUCUUGCACUGUUCUGUCAGAAGGUGUAGCACCAACUGAUACAUUGGUACGAAGAAAUGGGGAAAAUGAUCUAUUUUCUAAAGGUACUUGCAAGCAACUUGAAGUCAAUAUGACAAAAGGAUCAACAAAAUCAGAAAAAAAAUUAGUGUCUGCAGCAGGAAGGGAAUCAUCUAACCGUCGACUGAGUGCUGAUCUAAAAAGCAUGAGCAAGAGUUCUAGCUUGAGGGAAGGUUCGUCUGAAGAACAAAUCGAUUCAGUUUCUCAUCUGUUUAAUUCGCAUGGAGAUCAAGCAGCCAGAAAGAAUAAAGGUAGGCAAAGCCCAUUGAGGAGAAUACUAGAUCCUAUAAUGAAGCCAAAGAACAAUCUUCGUUCGACUGGGCCAAUUGCAGCCUUAUCGGGCAGUCAUGGUUCUUGUGAACUAAGUAGAACCGACAAAUCAAACCAUGGGGUGCACAAGCCAACAAGUGUUGACUCUACAUGCCAGGUGAGGGGAAAUAUGAUUACUUCAAAUCAAUUAUCCAACAAUGAUAAAGGAACUCAAAAAGAUGAAAAGCAUGUUGCACCAAUGAAGCAAGCUCUUCUUCAAGUUGCUUGGAAGAAUGGUCUUCCGUUGCUUAUGCUCUCAUCCUGUGACAGUGAAGUAUUUGCUGCAGCAAUAACAAUGAGAAGUAUUAUUAGCAAUUAUAAUGACCUAGAGUGCAUAUAUAAGAUAUUCUCUGUAAAUGGUUCAAAGAAGAAAACCAUGUUCUGGAGCAGCCCCGGAAAUAAGAGCAAGAAGCAUCAGUUGAUCUCCAAUGUUGUUGGCCAGUUGAAGGUUUCACUUCGCAACUUGAGGAGCCAUGAAGGUGACAGUUCUCACGUUAGAGAGUUUGUUUUGCUUGGUGCUGAACAAGCAACUGCUAACUCUUCUGCUAUGAGCGAGUUGGCUGCCAUUGUUGUUAAGGUGCCACCACCUGUGGAUAAGUCCGAUACCCCCACCCGAGCAGGCCACAGUAAUUGCGGAGCAAACUUAUCAACAAGAAAUGUAAGUGCUUCAAAUGAUGAGAAGCGUUUGCAGACUGAUCAGCAUAAUGAUGAUCUAUGUCAAUCUGGUAUCUCCGUCAUGCUUCCAAGCGGGGUUCAUGGCUUGUCUACCGAUGGUGAGCCCUCACCUCUGAUAGAGAGAUGGAGAUCAGGAGGAGCAUGCGAUUGCGGAGGUUGGGACGAGGGUUGCUUGCUGACUGUUCUUACUGACAAGUCCCGAAAGUGCAAUACCUUUGGUUCAGACCAAGGUUGUCAAACUACAGAUGGAACUCAUAGAUCUGAACUGUUCACUCAGGGUGGAUCAGAAGAAAAGAGACUUGCCUUCAGCAUUGUAUCUUUCAGAGAGGGGCUGUACACUGUUGAAUUCCUAUCUUCCAUGUCAAUGCUUCAGUCUUUCGCAAUAUGUAUGGCAGUCCUCCAUGGCAGGAAGACCGACAGUCCUUCAACAGAGCCAAAAAUCUUGCAGGAACACAUUGUGAAUGAUCAAUCAGGGAAAGCUCCUGCUGGAGCCCAAGGUGGUGAUCCUAAUAGCUAUGUACCAAAUCAUCCACCUGUGUCACCUGUUGGGAGAGCUUAAUUUAAUUGUCUUCUUGAAACAAUUUGUGCCUGUGCAGAUGUUUCUUGUGCUGUUUGAUACUCACUGUGGUGGAGGUGAUAAAAAACACUGACCCCCAUUUACAGUUAUCCCCAGUUUGCUGGGACCAAACGCCAAGCAUCAUGGAUCUGUGCCUGUACAAAUUGUAGUAGUUCUCUGGCCACCGAGAGAAGAGGAACUUACAUCUCAUUGAACAAUGACUCAUCUGUAACGUGUAAAGAAGCCUGAGUUCUUCAGUAAUACAUGAGGAAGCUAU